GUCCACAGUCAAUUUAGGAUGAGGAUUGUGUGCCCUUUGGAGUGGCUCCCGAUGUUGCAGUCGCCUAUUUGCUAUGCUGUUCAGUUCCAUUUUAGCAACUCUAUCUGACACUACGUUUACUCCUCACUGCGCUAGGAUCUCUCCUAUGGUUUGCCUGAAAGGGUGUCUAAUCCCCUAGUCGGAUUACUGACGCUCAGGCUGCCAUCCUUUGGGUGGGUUUGCGCACUCCCGCGUUGCUUUUGUUCUCGUGCCUUUGAAUUCCCGUAUAAUAAUCCUCGUCCCUCAUUCCACCUAAGGGCUGGAAGGCAACGUUGUUAGCUACACGAGCCUAUGUUUCUUACCAGCAAGCCCUGGCAUCUUCCUACAGAAUGCGCUCACUCACUUUACAGCUACGUUUCAAAAGAAUUUGCUGUCUUAGUUAUGGCGUUUGGUUAGGGUUUGUUUAAGUAUUGGAAGAAGGYGAUCGAGGCGCUUGGUAUUGGAAUAAAACUAAAAUCAUGGGUGCGUGGUUGCAUUUCUCCAUCUCUUAUUGAGCGAGCGUGAAAGGGACUGCCGCAAAUAGUAUGCUAUUCGCGCCAGUCCCUUACAGAGAGAGUAUAAAUAAGAGCUCGAAAUCCCAUUCGGCCCAGUUCGCGAAAUACUCCUAGGCGGUCAAGGUCAUACCAAUGGCUUUUUUCAUAAUUCAUUCCCUUCCACGCUUGCUACCGCACGCUACCAUGCUUGUAUUUACCCUCCCACCAGUGCCCUAGUGGUUUAUUCAACUUUCAAUCCGUACAAGCGUGGUUGCAUUUCUCCAUCUCUUAUUGAGCGAGCGUGAAAGGGACUGCCGCAAAUAGUAUGUUGCUCUCACACCUAAGGUUCGUGCUCCUAAUGACCGUAUUCCUUUCACUCUUACUUAUCAUCCUAUUAACAGUUCUAUUAAGCCUAUUAUUAAUCGUAAAUACUUCUUACUCACUUCUGAAACUAACACUUCUCACAUCUUCAACGACCGACCCCUUUUUUCUAAUAAACGUGACCGUAACCUUCGUUCUUUCCUAGUCAAAGGUGUUUUACAUUCUAAUAAUGAUCCUGGCACUUUUCGUUGCUCACGCAAGCGCUGUAACACUUGUCCGUACAUCGUCUCGCACACUUCCAUUGUUGGUCCUAACUCGUCACUCAAAAUCACUGAUCACUUUGAUUGUACCACCUCUAAUGUUGUCUAUUGCAUUAAAUUAAUUUAUUCAGUUGCCAGUCCAUCUCUUCCCACGUCCCUGCUUGGGCAAAUUAUCGAUGAUAUAGCUCUCGGUUGCUGGAAAAGAAAAAAAAUUGCAAUUCCAUAUUGAGGGACUUCCACUUCGAAAAAGUAAACAAAUCUACACCGGCGGACGCGACGAUAGCUAAGAAUAUAUCAGUGAAAAUUUAGAAAAAUGGCGACGGCUGUAAUAUUGAAUCUUGCUGUUGUGACUGGAUGUGCUUUGAUCUGCUCCAUCACGAUUAGAUGGGUACGAAAUAUCCUUUUUGUUGCAUCUUACAUUGGAUUUGCUUCAUAUUGCAUGGGCGGCAUUGAUGUGGUCUUUAUAAUCACUGAAAUAUCAAGGUUUGUUCCUACUGCCUGUGUUUUUGUCUACUUUGGCAUUGGAAGGAUUAGAAAUAAGAUAUAUAUAACAUUUAUCAGGCUUGGUGUACUAAUAUUUUUUGUUUCAUAUUGCAUGGGCAUUAUUGAGUAUUCGAAUCUGGUUGUUCCUACUUCUAAUUGUUGUGUCUUAGUCUAUUGCGUAAUGGCUCAAUGGGUACGAAAUGUAGCCAUAGUAUUUAUCAGUCUCGACAGUGCAAUAGAAUUGAUAGCUGAACUGAUCGGCAAGGAAAACAAUGCUAACGUUGACGACCAAUUAGCACAGCUAUACAUGAUGCUGUAUAGCUGUCAUGAACUGAAACAAUUCAAUCAGGUUGUCAUAUACGCUAACAAAUACCUAGACCUUGUAAAGGAAACAAAUUGUUACGAUGAACAGAUGCUAGCGUAUAUUUUGUUGGUAAAGGCUCACGUGGCUCUUAUGCAAAACGAUCAAGCUAUAGCAAAUGGGAAGAAAUGCAUUUUCUUUUCAAAGGAAGCUCCAUCUUAUCCACUCGAAACGAAUGGUAUGCGAACAGUGUUUGUUUUAGCUGAUCAAUUGGAUAAUCCAGAAGAGAUUGAACAAACAGUUUUUAAUGGACAGAAAUGCUUCCAAAUCUCGGUCAAUCCCAAAUACGAUAGUAUAUACGUCCAAUUGUUUUUGCAUUUGGGAUCUGCAUAUUUACAGAGAACAGAGAACGAGAAGGCACUGUUUUAUUCCAAACAGGUUCUUAACUGGGUUCACAAAGGGAAGAAAAAUGAAUCCACGGAAAUUAGAAAUAGUGUACCUACUGCACAAGACGACCAAGCAUGCGAGUUUAAUGCAUUCUUCAUCAUUGGAAUGGUAUACCUAAAUUGGUGUCAGUACGAUAAAGCAAAUGAUUAUUUUACGAGAGCUCGUACCAUUGCCCAACACCUUCAAGAAAGUGAAGUUGUUAUUAUUUUGUCUGAGGUUAUGACAGAACUUCAUCAGGAUGUUGGAAUUUGCACAUCAACUACUCAUUCUGAUGUCAUUGGAAUUAUCAAGAACCUUGGCCAUCAAUUUGAAGUGUUUGAUCAAAUUGCUCAUCUUGAGAAAGACGCGAAGAAAAAUGUAAUGAACGCACAAUUUGACAAUGCUCUUUCUUGCUAUGAAAAUAUCGAAGUAUUAGAAAGAAAAUAUUUUCAUUCGUUUCACACGAAUGCAAGCUUAUGUGUAGCAAACAUGAACAUUCUUUUAAAGAGAUUCGAUACCGCUUUUCACCUUUAUGAAGAAAUCUUGGAAAACGCGAAAAGAAGUGGUCAUAAGCUCAUGGAAGCUGAAUGUCAUCACAGGAUGGCCUUGAUCCACGUUUUUCAAGGCAAACUUAUACACGCUGAAACUAGUGCAAGUAAAUCUGUUGAAUGUUUCGAUAGUUUGUUUGAUUUACUGGAGAGUGAAGAAUAUAAAAUUAGCAUCGUUGAUAAUUACAUUAGGUACUAUCAGUUGCUUUUAGCCAUACUGGUCAUGGCCGGGCGAAACACUGAGGCCCUGGUGACAGCAGACAGUUAUCGAGCACGUGUUCUCAAUAGUCAGCUAAUAAUGAAAUAUCAAAUGGUUCAGAAUUUCCAACAAGAACAGCUCAAGUUUAGUGACAUUCAGUCUUUGGUUUCCAAUAACAAUUAUACAAUUAUUCAGUAUUUAACAGUCGCGACUCGACUGAAUGAUAUCGAGAUUCCAGGCGUGAAUUCACUAGCUUGCAUAUUUAAGGUGCCAUGUGAGAAUGAAGAAGAGCUUAUGAUCUUUGCACCGAACUUGUCUUUAAAUGAGAGAUCAUUUGAUGAAAUGGGCGUUCGCACUGUAAAGUGUGAAAAUAGAUUAAUGCUGGACAUCAAUAACGAAACUGCAUAUGAUGGAAAUGAAAACAUAGAGCAUGACUUUAUUCCUCCCUUAGAAGACCAGCAGCCACCAGAAGCCGGUAACGAGAGUAGCUUUAACAGUGCGCUAGAAUUUCUUUACAGCAAGCUGAUCCAGGAUGUAGUUUCUGACACAGAAACAGACGAGAUUGUCUUCAUUCCUGACGGUCCAUUGUUUAAGGUACCGUUCGCAGCUCUACGAGAUCCAGAGACAGGACUUUACUUGUCAGAAACCAAUCGAAUCAGGAUUGCUCCUUCUAUUUCUACCCUGAAGAUAUUGAACGAUCGACCUGAAGAUUUUGAGAGCAAAAACAGCGCACUAAUUGUAGGAGAUCCAUCAGUUGGUAAAGUUAUGUUUAAUGGCGAAGAAAAAGAAUUCCCUCCUUUGCUGUUCUCAUACGUGGAGGCAGUUACAGUUUCCAGAGUUCUUGGUGGGCAAACACUCUUACGAUAUAGAGCGACCAAAGCUGCUGUCCUAGAGAGACUGAGAGAAGGAGUGUCAGUUGUACACAUCGCUGCUCAUGGARACGGCAAGAAAGGUACCAUCGCCUUAGCACCCUCACCMAAUGCAUCMARGAUUCCUGAAGAAGAMGACUACAUGCUGACCAUGGCUGAYGUGCAGAAGGCYAAUGUGCGUGCAAAGUUGGUGGUGUUGAGCUGCUGUCACAGUGGGCGUGGUGAGAUCAAWGCAGAGGGYGUGGUYGGMAUGUGUCGUGCAUUUMUAGCAUCAGGAGYUCGUGCGGUGGUAGCAUCUUUGUGGGGSAUUGAUGAUGAAGCUACUCUUGAGUUCAUGAAGGUGUUCUAUGGUAAUCUGAAGAAAAAGAAGAGUGCAAGUUUGAGUCUUCAACUGGCGAUGAAACACAUGAUGAAACACAAGGAGUUUAGCGAACCAAAGUACUGGGCACCAUUCUUUUUGAUGGGUGAUGAUGUCACGAUAUUUUGAACUUUUUUGCACUUCAUUUGUCGUGUGUGCUCAAAACUCGCAUAGGUUUUACCGAUUUUGUAUGAUUCGAACGACCRSUGUAUACAUAUCAUUAUAAUCGAAUAAGGAUGCUGUUAUGURGUUUUGCAUAUGAGGAUCAUACACUCAAAGUGAUUCCUUAAUGUACUUGCUCUUAGUAGCUGAAAAAAUUGCACACUUAUCUGUAAGCAAGACAUUUCGUUUUUAUGUAUAUUAUAAUAUAUCGCUCUUUAGAUUUCUUACUCAUAAAUGCCAGUGAUUCUAUAGCUUUUGCCAUAACAAUAUCGACCUCUUGAGUUUUACGUCAAAGCAGGUACGUGUGGGGACUUUCUGUGGGUAUGUCUGGGGGACUUUUGCACACUAUAGGGGGUAAUUUACUUAUUCGUGCGUUGGCAUGGCUGUGAAAUCACUGAAAACAUUUGUAGAUGAUCAUUAAUGCCUAUAUUUGAGUUAUACACCACUCACUGUUAGAACAAAGAUUGUGAUUUGAUGAAAUAACAAAGAGACAGCAGAACAAUAGACAUUGUCUGACAUAAUCCUACAAUUYUUUUUGUUUUUUCGAUCAAUCACAAGCUUCGUUCAGACGGUAACGUAGGGCGACCCCUAUAUUUUCUAUUAGUAAGAUUGUAAAAGUUACUUUUGUGUUUAAGUACAUAAAUAAUGACAUGCAAUAGUACGUAGCUAAAAGAUGCAUGCGCGAGGGCGGUUUUAUUAACCCCAGGGGCUGAUCCAGCUGGUSGGUGCAGGGGGGUGCGCACSCUCUCCUGAGAUCUAUUUCUUUCAAUACUUUCCUUAAGUUGUAUCUUCAUGGUAAUGAUUUUUGUGGGGUGCAUCCCYCUCCUGAGAGGCCCUCAUCCCUCCCUGAGGAAAAAUCCUGGAUCCGCCCCUGAACCCGUGAAACAAAGCGUAAUAGUCAUGAAAGCUAAGUGUACUGAGUGAUACACUGAAAAGUGCAGAAAAAAGUAUAGUAUAUGCCUAGCCUCCUCCACAGGCCUACCUUUGCUUUUUUAAUAAGAAUAACAGAAACCCUCGUGAAUAGCUGGGAACUGGAAAAGCGAGAUGCCUUCUGAGGAGGCUACAGUACGCCAAAAAAAAAAAAAGCUGUAAUGUAACGUUAGUUUUAGGAUCACUCUAUUUUUCUCAUAAAACAGUUAAUUUUAACUGCUGAAUAAAGUUUGUUGAUGUGGUCUCCUGUGUAUUUGUCAUGUCUUCGUGUCUUGUUUACUGACAACGACUAUCAGUAGUAAAAUGAA